AUGGUCCUCCCAGCGAUCAGGAUCGCUCCGUCGGCAGCCACCAGGGCAUUCAACCUUCUGCGCACCGUGCAGUACACCCAUCCUCCAAGCUGUCCAUGCCACUCGAACCCGUCCCAUCACCAUCACCACCAGCAACCCAGUCAGAUCUCCGCUGUAGCUAAACAUGUCCGGAACUUUGCCUCGCCUAUCGAUGCCUCGCAGCAGAAGGAGUACGCGUUCGAGAUGGCGGCCUCUAGCAUCCGGUUUGGCCCUGGAGCCACAAAAGAGGUCGGCAUGGACUGCAAGAACCUAGGUGCGAAGAGAGUCUGUGUCGUCACGGAUAAGAAUGUGGCCAAGCUGGAUGCCAUGAAGCAGGCCAUUGAGGGCCUCAGCAGGGAGGGAAUCGAGUUCACUGUCUAUGAUCGAGUCAGGGUUGAGCCAAAGGACUAUUCUAUUAAAGAUGCCAUUGCCUUUGCCAAACCGUAUAACCCAGACGCUUUCCUUGCUGUUGGCGGAGGAUCGGUCAUCGACACCUGCAAGCUGAUGAACCUCUACUGUGUCUACCCAGAGGCUGACUUCAUGGAUUUUGUGAAUGCACCAUUGGGCAAGGGACUGCCUAUCGCAAAGCCCCUGAGGCCGCUCAUCGCCAUCCCAACCACCGCGGGAACUGGAGCAGAAACCACUGGCACAGCCAUCUUCGACCUCACGGACAAGAAGGCCAAAACUGGAGUAGCACACCGUAACAUGAAGCCAACACUCGGCAUCUGUGACCCCCUCAACACUCGAACCAUGCCGCCGGCCGUACACGCUUCCUCCGGCCUCGACGUGCUCUGUCACUCGCUCGAGUCCUGGACCGCGAUCCCAUAUAACGAGCGCACUCCACGGCCGACCAACCCUAUCAACCGGCCAGCCUACCAAGGAGCCAACCCCAUCUCCGACAUAUUCUCACUCCAAUCACUUCGCAGCACAGUCAAAUACCUCCCGCGAGCAGUCAAGGACCCCGAAGACCACGAAGCCCAGAGCCAGAUGCUACUCGCUGCAACGCUUGCUGGCGUGGGCUUCGGUAACGCUGGCGUCCACUUGUGCCAUGGUAUGAGUUACCCGGUAUCAGGUCAGAACCCUGGGUACAAGCACAAGGGGUACGAGGUGGAGCACGACAUCAUCCCCCAUGGCGUUUCCGUCGCCGUCACUGCCCCGGCUGUCUUCCGAUUCACUGCAGCCAGCAACCCCGACCGCCACUUGGCAGCUGCGGAGAUCUUUGGCGUCGACAUCUCCAACGUUAAGCGGGAGAGUGCCGGAGAGGUUCUGAGUGAAGCUAUUGCAGAGUUCUUGAUUGGCCUGGGUGACCAGCCCAGGGGCCUGAAGGCCCUUGGAUUCGACAACUCACAUCUAGAUAUGUUGAUCGAGGGUACGAUUCCACAGCAAAGAGUGCUCAACCUUGCUCCCAACCUUAGCAAAGAACUCGAGCAGGAGCGAGAACAGCUGCGGAAGCUGUUUGAAGAGUCUAUGGAGUACUAG